CGAUCAAACCCUGUUGGGGAGGCACCAUGUGUUUUCCUUCACAUUGGAUCAGUUUCUUUCUCUGGAUGAGGACUAUUUUCUCUUGCAGGUGACCUUUGAGGAUGUGGCUGUGUAUUUCACAAAGACGGAAUGGAACCUGCUGGAUGAGAACCAAAGAUCUUUGUACUGGGAUGUCAUGAUAGAAAACUACGAGAAUGUGUCCUCCCUUGGAGAGCUUGUGAAUCAUACAGGAGAGAAACCACACAAAUGCCAGCAGUGUGGAAAGUGUUUUGCUCAAAGGUCAUACCUGAGGAAGCACUUGAGAGUCCACACAGGAGAGAAACCAUACAAAUGCCAGAAGUGUGGAAAAUGUUUUGCUCAGAGGCCACACCUUGUGUCUCAUAAGAGAGUCCACACAGGAGAAAAACCAUACAUAUGCCAGCAGUGUGGGAAAUGUUUUGCUCACAGGUCAACCUUUGUGAUUCAUGAGAAAAGCCAUACAGACAAUAAAUCAUACAAAUGCGAACAGUGUGGAAAAUGUUUUGCUCAGACAUCAAGCCUUAGGAGACACUUGAGGGUCCACACCGGAGAGAAACCUCAUGAAUGCCAGCAAUGUGGAAAGUCUUUUCUUCACAAGUCACAGCUUGAGAAACACCAGAGAGUCCACACAGGAGAGAAACCUUAUGAAUGCCAGCAGUGUGGAAAGUGUUUUGCUCAAAGACCUCACCUGGGGCAGCACUUGAGAGUCCAUACAGGAGAGAAACCACACAAAUGCCAGCAGUGUGGGAAAUGUUUUGCUGACAAGUCACACCUUGUCAAGCAUCAGAGAGUCCAUACAGGAGAGAAACCAUACAAAUGCCAGCAGUGUGGGAAAUGUUUUACUCAGAAGUCACAGGUUAAGAUACACCAGAGAGUCCACACAGGAGAGAAACCUUAUGAAUGCCAGCAGUGUGGAAAGUGGUUUACUCGCAAGUCAGUGAUUGUGACUCAUCAGAGAGUCCACACUGGAGAGAGACCAUACAAAUGCCAGGAGUGUGGGAAAUGUUUUGUUCGCAAGUCAGUCCUUGUGAAUCAUCAAAGAGUCCACACAGGCGACGUACCAUACACAUGCCAGAAGUGAGAAAAAUGUUUUGCUUGGAGCCCCUCAUCCAGAGAGUACACACAGGAGAGAAACUCCAUUGAUCAGAAUGGAGACUGCAGUUACGAAAUCAGAAGAAUAAGAAUAGGAAGGGCAGCUAGAACUAGACAACAUCCUAAAGGUACAACUGAAUAUUAAAGUUAGAAUUUUCCAGUCCAUUGUAUUUCCCAUCACCAUGUAUGGACUGCAAGAGCUGGACAGUGAAGAAAGCAGACAGAAAAUUAAUUUAUUUGAGAUGUGAUGCUUGAGAA